CAUGGGUGCCAAAGAUAGCAGCAAUGUCGAACUUCUUCAGAAGGUUGAAACACUGGCAAGAACCUGCCAGAAAAGUGACUUUGGUGAUGGUGGGACUAGACAAUGCAGGGAAAACUACAACUGUCAGAGCAGUACAAGGGAGUAAGAUUUUCCCCUCUUGUGUGCCAUGUACACAGUUGUCCAGCAGCACCCCUUGGGAGACUCCCCAUUGUAUAUACAGAAAACCCUGAGGAUGUGGCUCCCACCGUGGGAUUCUCCAAGGUAGAUCUCAAGCAGGGCAAGUUCGAAGUGACCAUCUUUGACCUGGGUGGGUGCAAGACUAUCCGCGGCAUCUGGAAGAACUACUACUCGGAGUCAUACGGAGUGGUUUUCGUGGUGGACUCCAGUGACGUGCAACGCAUCCAGGAGAUCAAGGACACCAUGGCCGAGGUCCUGGGACACCCUCGCAUUGCCGGGAAGCCCGUCCUUGUGUUGGCCAACAAACAAGACAGUGAAGGUGCCUUGGCUGAGGCUGACAUCAUAGAGCACCUCUCCCUGGAGAAGCUUGUCAGCGAGAACAAGUGUCUCUGUCAAAUUGAGCCAUGCUCAGCUGUUAUUGGCUAUGGCAAGAAGCUGGACAAGUCCAUCAAGAAUGGACUGAACUGGCUUCUGAACAACAUCGCAAAGGACUACGAGGCCAUCAGUGAGCGCGUGCAGAGGGACACGGCUGAGCAGAGGGCCGUGGAGGAGCAGGAGAAGAAGGAGCGGGCAGAGCGCAUGAGACAGGUCCGCAAGGACAGGGAUAAGCAGGAGAGAGAGGAGGCAGAAAGAGAGGGGAGGACCAUACAAGCAGAGCAGGAUGCUGAGGAAGAUGAUGAAAUCAUGGCUAACCCAUUCCAGUCGAUUGGAAGAGUCAUCACAGAGAAUGAAGAUAAGCAGAAGAUGGGGAGAGAGAAGAAGAGGCAGCCUUCAGAGAGCAUGCCUAGAGGGAAUGGGAGCCCCAGUGGUGCCCCGCACAGUGCCAGCACUGCCCCCAGUCCACAGCCUCAGGAGCAGGAUGAUGCAGAGGAGGAUGAGGGGGAGGAGAGCGAGAGACUGACCCCCGAGAGCAAUGACUCAGAUUUCUUUGGCAAACCCCUCCCUCCUAUUGUUGCAGACAGGCAAAGACCCAACAGUGGCUCUGAGAAUGCCAUUCGAUAAGCGCCGCAAGGUUUUGUAAUUUGUCUUCUGCACAAGGUAAAGAGAUGUAUAUGAGUAUAUUCCUGGGAUCAACAAUCUGCUACCUGAGCAAGGUUAUGCUGAUGUGGACCCAUUACCACCACAGCCAGUUUCUAAUGGAGAACAAGUUUGUGGAUGGAGCUGGAUGAACCUGCUGCUGGGUGGAGAUAGCGGAUGUGGUGUCCGGUGGCGCCACAGCUCUUAGAGACAGACAAACUGAGCAUCAAAAAAAAAAAAGAAAAUCUGCAGCUGAUUCUUAAUGGACUUCUCUGUUCAAAAUGGACAGCACAGUUUUAACUACUUGUUAUUUUUUACUGCUGAUGUCAUUAUUUAUACACCAUUUGUAAGAGUUAAAGUUUGUGAUCACUGUUGUUCUUCAUGGACAAUCACCUAUUUUA